AUGAAUUAAGUUAACUUUUUUGAAUUAUUAAUAAACAAAGAAAUGGAUAUGAAUAUUUAAAAAGAAACUUUCAUUAAAAAUAAUCAAAAUGGAUCAGUCCAAAUAAUAGAUGGAGACUUAAAUUAAGAUUACAAUGAAUUAAUUCAACUAAAUCAGAUGUAGGAACUAAAUGAAAAAAUAGUCAAAAAAAAUAUGUUAUUCAAACAUAGUUUUACCGACAACAUGAAGUUAUACUAAGUGUAGAAAGAGAAAUUGAUGUUCACUAAUCAAUUUGUGAAUACACUUCACAUAGCUUACUAUCAUCAUUUCCCAUUAUGUUUUAGUCCUGAUGAUAUCUAACUGCUCAUAACUUAAGGAUUUUGUACACACAUCAAACUUAAUGCAGAGAAAUUUAGAAACAAAUUUGUAAACUUCUAAGGAUAACAAAUAUUAAAAAUAAUAGUUGAAGACCUAGAUCGAAUAGAAGAUUAUAAAUGGGAAGAAUUUCCUAAGAAAUUUUCUCAAAUGAUAAAAGAUUAAAUAGGUUAAAAAAGAUAUGAGCUAUGUGUACAACAGUAUUCCACUACUAAUGAUGUAGCUAAAGUUUGUUAUGAAGUAAGUUUAAUGGAUACAAUGCAAAAAUAUUUUAAAUAUGUAGUUGGAGCCGGAUGUGGAAUUUCUAAAAUUAAACUUCAAGGUACAUUAGAAGAUUGGCAAUAAUUAAGAUAAAAUGUAGAACCACUUCGAGAAUUUGAAUUAGAUUGGUGGAUAAAUGAAAUUGUGCCAAUAUUAGAUUAAUUUAUUAAUUUAUAUUAAGGCAAUGUUGAUAAAGUUUUUUGGAAUAAUAUUUAUAGAUUUUAACAUCCAGAUCCAAAAAUAUAUGAUAUAAGACCAGGAUUUGCAACCGGAUGGAUUACCUACUUUUUCCCUUAUAGAGUAAAUGAAAAUGCAAGUAUUAAUGAUAAAGAACCUUUUGNACAAGAAAUAAGAAAAAGUCAUAAAUAUGAUUAAUGUACAAUAAAAUAGCUUAUCAUUUGUUCUCUUUGA